AUGACAGCCCAGGUUGUAGGUUCUGAUUCCUGGUUUUGGAAGAGCUUAUUGAGUUGGAGAGCUGUUAUUAGUAUGGGUUUAUGCAAGCUUAUCAAGUCAGGUACAAAUACUAGAGUGUGGUAUGAUCCAUGGAUUCCUUUGCAAGAUGGGACAGUUGAUAAUAUCCUCAAAAUUCAGCUAUUGGAUUCUUCGAGGGAGGAUAGGUGGGUGUGGACUCUUAGUACCUCAAGGGAUUUCUCAGUAAAGAUUGCAUAUCAUGUCCUUAAUUCAAGUGCAGCCGUGCCUUCAAACUCAGCCCCUCUUGUUGGUAAUCAAUGGAAUCAAAUUUGGAAGAUGGAUAUUCAUGCUAGGCUUCAGUUGCUUUUGUGGAAGGUUGCUUGGAAUAUUUUACCUACGAGGGAUAGGCUAUCUAGUGUUUUGCAUAUGCUUGAGGAUCAACAGAGUUGUCCGCUUUGCAAUGGGGGAAGUGAAAGCAUAAUUCAUUUGAUGAUUGGUUGUUUGGUUUCAUUCCUGGUUUGGAGUACUUCUCGCUGGCAUUUGAAUUCUCUUAAUUUUGUUAGCCGAGGAGUUGUUGGUUGGGUCAAGAUUAUUCUCAAUCCACAGUUGAUUGGCAUUUCUAAGGAGGACUGUCAUGAGUUUUGUCUUUUGGCAAUGGUGUCGUUGGAUAGUAUUUGGAGAUAUAGAAAUGAUGUUAUUCAUGGCAUGCCGGUGAGGGCAUGGAGAUUGCCCAGGUUUGAGGCCAGCUUGUUUUUGGUGCAUUGGGUCCCUCCUCCUCCUAUUUCAAUAAAAGUAAAUUUUGAUACAGCUAUGGGGCAUGAAGUCACUAGUGCUGUUGCAAUAGCUCGCUCUUCUUCCGGAGAAAUAGUGUUUGCUUCGGUUUGUACCAGUGCUAGAGUGGAUGCUACAGUGGGUGAGGCGACAGCGUUACGGCUAGGAGUUCAAAGAUGCUUGGAACUUCAGGUGCAUGAUGUAGAGUUUGAGGGAGAUGCUUUGAUUGUCGUUAAUGCAGUUGCUCGACCUGAGUUGGUUUCCAAUUGGGCUAUUGAGAAUUUGAUUGAGGACACACGUAUUAAAUUGAAUGGCAUUCAAAAUGGAGUAUUGUGA